AUGUCGGUCGUUACACAGGCAGCAUCACAGGCGGGUUUGCCCCAAUUGCAUCCAUUCGACCCUCUGACCCCCACGGAAAUUCAACUGGCCGUCAAGAUCUUGGAGGCUGCUUUUCCAGGCGUCAAAUUACGAUAUAAGCGUAUAGAUGUACAGGAGCCUCUCAAAAAGGAUGUCAUCCCGUAUAUCGAGGCCGAAAGACUGGGCCAAACAUUACCGCCCAAACCAGCUCGUGUGCUACAGACUCUUUUCCAUCGAUUGGAUACUGGCGUUUUCUACAAGGCAUUGCUUAAUGCCGAUACUAAGACUGUGAUUUAUGCAAAGGAAAUGCCCAAGCAUGUUCAGGGCCCCGUGGAUGUGGAUGAGAUGAUAGAUAUUGAACACCUCUGUCUCUCACACCCUGCGGUUCAAAAAGAAAUUGAAAAGUUGCAACUACCUCCUGGUGUUACAGUAUGCAACGACCCUUGGAUCUACGGCACAGAUGACCCCAAAGAGGACCGUCGUCUGUUCCAAUGUUAUAUGUAUAUAGUAGAAGUCGACCAUCCUCAGAACAACCACUACUCCACCCCCGUCAAAUUCUCGCCUGUAUUUGAUGGUAUCACACAUGAAUUGGUCCGAAUGGAUUAUCUUCCAGGAGGUGUCGACCAUUCGAUCACGGCUACUGGUCCAUGGAAACCGGUCAAGACUGUCCAGUAUGCACACGAACUACUCGAUACACCCCUGAGGACAGACUUGAAGCCAUAUAUUGUACAGCAACCAGAGGGACCUUCCUUCAAUGUGGACGGUAACCUUGUCACGUGGCAAAAGUGGCGAUUCAGGGUUGGCUUCAAUACCCGUGACGGUUUGGUUAUCAACAACGUUACAUAUGACGGUCGUAACUUGUUUUACAGACUGUCUCUUUGUGAAAUGACAGUUCCAUAUGGAGACCCCCGCAAACCAUUUCAUCGCAAGCAAGCCUUCGAUGUGGGUGAUGUUGGCUUCGGUGUAACCGCCAACCAGCUAUCACUGGGAUGCGACUGCCUAGGCCACAUCAAAUACUUCAACGGCUGGCGAACAGACAGCAAAGGAGAACCCGUUUUCUUGGAGAACGUAAUUUGCCUUCAUGAACAAGACAACGGCCUCCAACACAAGCAUACCAACUACCGGACCAACUCAGCCACGGUCGUGCGCAACCGUCAACUAGUGGUUCAGAUGAUCUGCACUGUGGCAAACUACGAAUACAUCUUCGCCUACAUCUUCGACCAAGCAGCCGGCAUUGAGCUCGAGGUCCGCGCCACUGGUAUUCUGUCCACAUCCCCUCUAGACAAUGAAAACGGCCAGACGGUCCCAUGGGGCACAAACGUCGGUCCUGGAGUGGUAGCUGCAAACCAUCAACACAUGUUCUCAUACCGUAUCGAUCCUGCCAUCGACGGAUUUAAGAACACCGUCAUCUACGAAGAUAGUGUCCCCUUACCAGAAGACGACUUUAACCCCCAUGGAUGUGGCUACGUUGCACAAGAGACCAUCUUGAAGAAAUCCAGCACAGCAAACACAUCUGUUGACCGUCACCGAGUCUUCAAGAUCCGCAACGACAACGUUAUCAACCCUAUAACCUACAAACCAGUUGCAUACAAACUGCAAACAUCACCCGCUCAAAUGCUUCUCAUGGGUCCCAAAUCAUUCAAUUACCGCCGUGCAGAGUUUGCGACGAAACCCAUCUGGGUGACGAAGUUCCAGGAAGAGGAGUUGUAUGCUGCUGGCGAGUUUACGAAUCAGAGCCGACAAUCUGAGGGUGUUGAGAAGUGGGUUGCUAGAAAUGAAACUGUGGAAAAUGAGGAUCUUGUUUUGUGGCAUACAUUCGGCCUCACACACAACCCCCGUAUCGAAGAUUUCCCCGUCAUGCCCGUUGAGAGAGUGAGCGUCAUGCUCAAACCAGAUGGCUUUUUCACCAAGAACCCGGCUCUGGAUGUGCCCGCUUCCGUACAGUCGUUUAACCAUUCCACUCUAUACCAGAAUACUCCUGCCUCAUGCUGCGCUGGGUCCAGCAUGGACAAGGCCAAGUUGUACAAGAGGGUUGAUUAA